AUGGCAGUAGCUACUCGCAUGCCCUGUCUCUCAGACUCUCCAGUCUCUCUUCCCCACAAGUCCACUACUGCUACUCCAGUCCGGGCGUCCGGCACACCUCCCAUGGAGGCAGCCCAAGAAAGUGAGCUGCACGGGAGGCAGGCCUGGUGGCCUUUGGACACCAUGGCAUGCAGCUUGGACAGCACCACCAGCAGCAGCAGUUGCGUCCACUUUGAAUGGGAACGACAGCUCAGCUGGUACUUUGGUCUAGGAUCAUUGGGAGUUGAUCCCGGCGGUCCUGAUACCCAUGAGCGUGAGCUCGAGCUCUUCGUCCCCAAGUGCAUGGAUUCCCCGGUGUCAGAGGCGUCAACGGCGGUCACCGGCUUGCCGACGGCGCAGAAUGCGAUGGCAAUGCCCGGGGAGCUGGAUGAACUACUCCAGAAUUUAUGGGGUUCGGACGAGGAACCGGCUGUGGGCUUGAGUUCGUUCUGCGCUCUGAAAGAAGCGAGUGCUUUCUCUUCCCAACAUGCUGCUCAUCUCUCCGUGAGCUCCAUUUCGCUGACGUCGCCCACAUCCCCGGAGAAAACUCUGACGCAGCCACAAGCAGAGCUUCCCAGCUCCUCCUCAUCCCACUGCAGCGUGGACCCACAGGCCAGUGACACCAGUGCCACCCAGCGCCAAAUCGUUCCUGCCAACUGCUCGUCGUCCAAGCGCCCGGCACCAGAAGGUACAGAAGUGCAGGCUCAACUGGACACGGAGUGUGGCGAGAGCAGGAAGAGAAGCAGGAAGGCGCCGUCGUCCACCGUCGGUGCUGGAACAGUGGCGCACCCGUUCACCGUGGUGAAGCCUAGCGGGGUGGACGGCGGCGUGACGCUCGCCGACAUCAACGAGUGGAUCCUCACGCCACCCGCGCACCCUGUUCGGCACCCCGUGGGGGAGUUUGCGUGCGCCCCGUGGGUGCCGUCCGGCAACCGGCCGGCGCCGUCGGGCAGAACGGUGGCCGGCUUCACCAGGCUCCACACCGCAGGAAGAGGCACGAUAACCAUCGUAAGGACAAGAGGCUGAAUGAAUUGUACAAGUAUGAGUGCUUACUGCUUUUUUUUAAAAAAAAUGUUUUUAUU